AUGGGAGCGUGCACAGAGCCAGGGCCGUUGGAGCGCGACAGUAGAUGUUCGUCCACGCUAAGCCCGCCAUUUCUUAGGUCGCAGCCGCACUCGCUCCACUCCUCCAGACACAGCAGCGCCCACCCGCUCACCGCGUCGUCGCACUUCGCGUCGCCGUAUGCGUCCGUGCUCUGCGCCAUCUCUCUCAGCCCCACCGCCUCCUGGCCGCGCCUCACCAUGCGGAACUUUGGACUGCCGCGCCUGUGGCUGCUGCUAACCGUCUUCACCGUCGCGUCGCUCGGGCUCGUCGCCGUCCGGUUGCACCCUGCGAAGCCGAGAGUAGCGGCGGUUCCAGCGAGGGCCGCGAGAGUGAUCCUUGUCGAUUGUGACGCGCUUUUCGGUUCGCGCGGCUCUCGUGCUGCUUCCCCUGCGCCUCUCCUCUUUUCCCAAUCUGCUCCAUUGUCCCGCCCCUCUCCCCAUCCCCGCGCGUCCGUCGUCGUCAGAACGCUCAAGGAGGUGCUUGACGGAGCAUUAACGGCCGCCGGUGGCGAUCCGUCAGCAGCGGCGGCGCUAGCGGCGGCGUUGGAAGAGGAGUACGGCGGGCCCAGCGGGCUGCUGGACCUGGAUCGCCCGUUCCCCGAGGCGCCGCAGCAGAUGGCGGCGGCAGAGGAUGGCGGCGACGGCAAGUUGGCCGCCGACAACAUGGUGGAGGCGUCGGCGGCGUCGUCGCUGUCGCGCACGGUGAUCGUGACGGCGCUGUCGGAGGCGUGGGCGCCCAUGAUGCGCUUCUUCCUCGACCGCCUCCGCCUCGUCGAACAGCAGGCGCGCGCGGAGGGGGAGGCGGAAGCGGAGGGGGGGCUGAACCAGCUGGUGGAUCGGCUGGUGGUGGUGGCGUACGACGACGCGAGCUUCGACGAGUGCUGCUCGCUGGGGCUGCACUGCUACUUCGACUGGCAGGACGACGCGGAGGAGAAGGAGGACUUCAGCGGCGACCAGAAGCACUUCAUGACGCCCGCGUACAUCCACCUCGUGUGGCGCAAGGUGCACGUGGUGCGCAGCAUGCUGGCGCUGGGGUACGACGUGGUGUUCACGGACAACGACAUCCUCUGGCUGCGCAACCCGCUGCCGCAGCUGCUGCUCGCCGCGCCCGAGGACAUGCACAUGAGCGUCGACUGGUGGAACGCCGACUCGCGCAAGGUGAUGGGCAACGGCGGCUUCUACGCGGCGCGCAGCAACACGCGCAUGCUCAAGUUCUUCGACGACUGGAUCGCCUGGCACAAGCGGCUACCGAAGCACCGCAUUCAGCAGAUCUUUGACUGGAUCCGCCCCGAGGCCAACCCCUUCACGCGCACCGCCACGCCGCUCACGGUGCGCUACCUGCCGACGGCGCACUUCGGCGGGUUCUGCGAGAUGGGCGCGCGGAUGGCGGAGCUGGUGACGGUGCACGCCACGUGCUGCUUCGGACUCGACUCCAAGCUGCGCGUGCUGCGCAAGGUCGCCGCGGACUGGGACUGGAUGCGCGCGCUGCCCCACGACGUGAGCGAGGGCCUGGAGGAGCACAGGCAGCCUCCUCUCGAGACUGCCGGCAGCCCCCCCUGCCGCCCCAUGCCCUCUGCAGCAUCUUUCCGCUGCCGUCCCUGCAUGCACGGGGGGUUGGGAGCCGCUCUGCGGGGCAGCAGCGCAUCUGCAGGUGAAGGUGGUGUGGCAGGCAGCAGAGCAGCAGGCACGGGGUGGGCCAUGGGGCAUGGCUUAGGGCUGAGGGCGUGUGCAGUGCGGCGUGAUGGUUGA